AUGACGCAUCUCGUAUGGCAUACUAUUCCCUCUGUAAGUACCGUAUCACCCAAAUCAUUCGAACAGUUCCUGCAGAUCAUCUACUGUGAUUUUCCAUCAUGCCUCACAACGACUCCCUCUGAUAAAAUAUCACUCAACUCCGAUUGCAAAGUGGAUAUGAGUAUCGAGGUUUUGAAUCAGUGCUCUGGACCAGUUCGAUUGUACGCGUUUUUUGAACCUAUGGAAAGCGAAUUGCAGUCAAUGUUCUUCAAAGUGAAGCACGGCAGUACGGCAAGCAUUAUACUUUCUCGUGCAAUACGAAAAUGGGCCAGUAGCGGACUUCUGAACCAAGCUGCCGUGACCAUUUACGCAUGGACCAACUUAAAAGAUCCCAGUCUGGAGGAGCUCUGGAAGAGGGUCCUCAACGGAACGACGUCAUGUGCAUAA